UCAGGAUGGGAAGUCUCUUGGAUAAUUCACUACAGAUUAUUUCAAAUACUACGGGCAAAAGCUUGUUUGUCCGCUUGUGGCCUCUAUCUACAGCACCUAAAGGUAUAGUAUACAUAGUACACGAGUUAGGAGGGCACUGUUUGCUGUACGAUGUGAUAGCAGCUAGGUUCCUGGAGGCUGGUUACACUGUCGCUUCUCACGACCAGUACGGACAUGGGCUCAGCAGUGGCACCAGACUUCACACUUCAAACUACCAGACGUACGUUGCGGACACUCUUCAGUGUUUAGAGGAAGUAAAGUGCCAGUACCAAGACACUGACAAUGUCUUACUGUUCGGGCACGGAGUGGGUGGGUUACUUGCCGCUCUCUUAGCCGCACAAAACCCUGGUUUUGUCAAGGGUUUGAUACUUCAUGGUCCUAUCUUCAAGUUUUUAGAAGAGCACGCCAGUACAGUGAACGUAUGCUGGUAUCUGUCCUAUGUACUACCACUAGCGUACAGUCCUGUUAACGGAACUGAUCCAGCUCUUCUCAUUACCGACAAGGAUCAAAGAAUGAAGUACGCACGUGACCCGUUUAUCUGGCACGAAGGGCCCCGUCUCAGCACAAUACACGCUGUAACGACAGCUAUGGGUGAUCUGGAGCAGGUUGAGGAGCCCCUGAGCUGCCCUACACUUAUACAGUGUGGACAGGAUGAUCAGCUUCUUAAUAAAACUAAUCUAACCGCAUGGUCGAAACGAUGCUCCAAAACUACAAAACUUUUGUUUUACGAAGGAGCUAAACACUACCUCCACAUGGACACGCCUGAGUGCACAAUCAAGGUGCUUGACGAGAUGGUAAAGUUUUGUGAUGUAGUACGAUCUGAAGCAGCCAGCGAUACUGAUGAUGCAGUAGGAUCUGAAGCAGCCAGCGAUACUGAUGAUGCAGUAGGAUCUGAAGCAGCCAGCGAUACUGAUGAUGCAGUAGGAUCUGAAGCAGGCAGCGAUACUGCUGAUGACUGAGGGACUGCAGUAGAAUCAUAUGUUUUGAGACGAACCCUCCAAAAUCACAUACAUACCAACAAUCAACAUUGAGGAUUAGCCUACUUAUUUUACCGACUGGAUUGGGUUGAAAUAAUAUGGUUAUGAUGAAAGAGACAGAGUGGAAUGUUUGACUGAUAUUUGUUACGCGGGCUCACCUGAUAAUGAAGUUUUUGGCUGUACAUCAGGUCGUCGAGUAAUGUAUGAGUGGUUGGGUCUAUGACCUUGGUUUGGGCCGUUAACUACUUGAUCAGUGGUUGACCUGAGUGAAAUUAUGAGAAUGAUACCACAUUUUUAUCCGAGUUUGUGUUUUUGUGUUCUAUUGCAAAUCUCUUGUUUCUCAAAUUAUCAACUGUGUUCAAAUAUAUUUUUAUUCCUAAAUUACUUAAGCGAUAAUCUUUUCAUUUUUAAAAAGUGAUUUAUUUUUGUAUUUGAAGAUAAUAUAUUAUGUGAAACAUCGAUGUAUUGUUCAAUUGUUAAUACUUAUUUUUAAUUAUAAUUAUUUUUAAUCAUAUUUAAUACAAUUUCAGACUUGUUCCUUAAUAUUGUUUACAUCG